CAAAACGAACGUUUGGUGGAGGUGACGUAUUUCCGCUCGAGUGGAAUCACUCGGUGUGCGCAUGCGCGAGAAAGUGAGCGGAGUUCGCGAGGAGAGAGAGUUAUACGAGUUGAUUAAAGAAAAUGUGGGAGACAAAUCAUGCCAGAAGUGGAGAAAACCCCAAACAGAAAGAUUUAAAGAAAAGAAGAGCCAAGAAAUCUUUCACCUCCACUCAGUGUGGAAAGAGUUUCACAUACAAACAUCAUCUUGAGCGUCACAUGAGAGUUUAUACUGGAGAGAAGCAGCACGCAUGUGAUCAGUGUGAUAAAACAUUUUUGUGUGCUUCAGACCUGAAGAAACACCUAGUAGUUCAUACACAGGAGAAGCCACAUUCAUGUCAUUUGUGUGGAAAGAGUUUUUCACUUCUACAAUAUUUGAAAAGACAUCAGAAAAUACAUACUGGUGUGAGAGACUACAUGUGCUUUGAGUGUGGGAAGACUUUUACUACAGCAAAGUGUUUAAAACUGCACCAGAGGAUUCACACUGGAGAAAAACCUUAUAAGUGUUCACACUGUGACAAGAGAUUUAAUCAUUCUGGAACACUGAAAACACAUGAGAUGACCCACACUGGAGAGAAACCGUUCACAUGUGAUCAGUGCGGGAAGAGAUUUUGUAGAGAUAGAGUCCUGAAACAGCACAUGGUAGUUCAUACAAAGGAGAAGCCACAUUCAUGUCAUUUGUGUGGAAAUAGGUUUUCACAUCGACAAAGUUUGAAAAUACAUCAGAAAAUACAUACUGGUGUGAGAGAUUACAUGUGCUUUGAGUGUGAGAAGACUUUUACUACAGCGGGCAGUUUAAAACAGCAUGAGAGGAUUCACACUGGAGAGAAACCUUACAAGUGUUCACACUGUGACAAGAGAUUCAGAGAUUCAAGACACCUGAAAACACACGAGAUGAUUCACACUGGAGAGAAACCAUUCACAUGUGAUCAGUGCGGGAAGAGAUUCACACUAAAAGCACCCCUUACAGACCACAUGAGAGUUCAUACUGGAGAGAAACCAUUCACUUGUGAUCAGUGCGGAAAGAGUUUCUCACACUCAUCAGACCUUAAGCUACACAUGGACAUCCACACUGGAGAGAAACCGUACACAUGUGAUCAGUGCGGGAAAACAAUUUUGUGGGCUUCAGUCCUGAAGCAGCACCUGACUGUUCAUACAAAGGAGAAACCACAUUCAUGUCAUUUGUGUGGAAAGAGUUUUGCGUGUCCAGAACAUUUAAAAGUGCAUCAGAAAGUACAUACUGCUGUGAGAGAGUACAUGUGCUUUGAGUGUGAAAAGACUUUUACUACAGCGGGCAGUUUAAAACAGCAUGAGAGGAUUCACACUGGAGAGAAACCUUACAAGUGUUCACACUGUGACAAGAGAUUCAGUCAUUCAGGAAACCUGAAAACACAUGAGAGGAUUCACACUGGAGAGAAACCUUACAAGUGUUCACACUGUGUCAAGAGAUUCAUUCGGUCAGGAGACCUGAAAACACAUGAGAGGAUCCACACUGGAGAGAAACCAUACACAUGUGAUCAGUGCGGGAAGAGUUUUGCAAUAAAAGGAAGCUUUACAUACCAUAUGAGAAUUCAUACGGGAGAGAAACCGUUCACUUGUGACCAGUGCGGACAAAGUUUCAAACACUCAUCGACCCUCAAGGUACACAUGAACAUCCACACUGGAGAGAAACCUUAGAAGUGUUCACAAUGUGACAAGAGAUUCAGUCGGUCAGAACACCUGAAAACACAUGAGAGGAUCCACACUGGAGAGAAACCGUAUCACUGCACUGCAUGUGGGAAGUGUUUCACUGAUUCAUCUUCUCUACACAGACAUACAAAAAACAAUCACAAUAAGUAGAUCAUCUUCAGAUCUGAUGCUGCGUCCUCACCAAAUGUGACACAAUAAUGGAUUAAGCAGUGAAAUAUCAUCUGGAUAAAUCUGUCAUAAGUGACAAGACAAAGAAACAUUAUCUGAAGUUUUCACAGUGAAUAAAGUUCAUCUUCAAAACCAGCAGAUUCAACUGUGAUUCAGAUCAACUCAAAGGUGGAGUUCAUCUCCAAAGAACAAUGUCACAAAGUUUUAUUCUUGUGUAUCAUUUUGCUUCAUGAUAUAAGUGACAUCAUUGUGCUUUCUUAUGGGUUUCAUAUGAUGUUCAGUUGUUUCAUAUUAUGUUCAAUAUGUUUAAUAAGCAGGAUUGUAAGAAUAAUAACACCAAUACAACCUUACCGAUAACCAUCUAUACUUUUUAAUAGGGGAGAGAGAUCAAGCUCAUUAGUUUUCACUUUUACUUAGCUAAUUUUUGUAUUUUCUGUUUGUUAGAAAAAGUACAAUCCCUUCAAGAUGUUUUAUCUUAUUGAGUGUGAGUGAUCUCAUCUCUUAUCUUACUCCUGGCCUCCCUUUCUUUGCCCUUGUUUCUCUCCUUUCUCCCAUCUGUGUUCUCUUUCUCUCUAUUCUCUAGUUCUAUAUCUCUUUACCUCAAUGUAUACACGCAUGCGCAGAUGAUACAUAGAGUUCAAUCAGUGAAGAAUGGUGGGGGGCCUCUAUAGGCCCAGGUUACUGGGUUUAGUUCGUCCUUUACUGAAAGUUGAAGAGUCCCAGUGUCAGUAUUAUCUUUAUAUGUCUAGUAUUUUCUGAUCAUAUACUUACCUCAUCUAACUUGUUGUUUUGGCUCAUACUCAACACAUAUGUUAUCUAUAUAUUAUUGGUUAAAAGGGCUGUACCACCCUUAUUGUAUCCUUAUAUAUACCCAGUGUAAGACAAUAAAGAUUUGAAGUGAAGGUAUACUCAGAUUUUGUGUCUGUUGUGCAUU